UAAUUUUUGGCAUGUCAACAUAUUGGCACAAUAUAGACUGAAAAUCAAUGAUGGUUUUGUAAAUUAUGCGACAAUUCAAAGAGAACUCUUAACACAAGCAUCUAGAAUUUCACGUUUUUAAAGGAAGCUGUUAAUUAAUUUUAAAAUUUAACUUUCAAAUUCUGAACUUUUGAAGAAGAAUUAAGGACUGGAGAAUCAAAAAUGGCGACCGUAGUGAUGAUGUAUAUUCUUCCUAUGCUAUUAGGUCAGACAUACGACUUGGGAAAAGAAAAGCCGGGACUACAUAUUUUCCCCAAAAAUGUGGAGGAAAACGCUGUGACUUUGCAACAUUACUUCACGGAUUCUCAAUACCGUAUGGUGGAGAAUGCGGAGGAUGUGAAAGACUUCUUGUCCAUUUCGGGAAAACUGUCUCUAAAGAUCAAGGCAGGGAUGGUGGACGUCAGCGGAGAAGGCAGCUAUGUGAAGGACAGCUCCUCCAAGACCAACGGAAUAGAGAUAUUGGUCAAAGUUCACUUCGAGACGAUUACCAAAACCAUUCCAACUUCCUUCAAGCCAAACGCCGACUGGAGCCUCAUCAAUGAAAAGUUUUUAGGCACCCACUAUUGCAGAAGCAUCACGUAUGGCGGAGACCUCAUCGCCUCCAUCCGGAUCAGCUCCUCUAACACCUACGAUCUCAUGCGGAUUAAAGCAGCCAUCAACGGCGGUUUGAACGUCGGAGGAGGAUCGUUCAAAGGAAAUAUUGAAGGCAAACUAGAACUUCUGAAGCAGAAUGCUCAAGACAGCAGCUCCAUGGAGAUCAACUAUUACGCCUCUGUGCCGAUCCACGGCGUGAGCUACGACAUCGAUGGUCUCUUGAAGUUGGUGGAAGAGUUUCCCAAUCACGUGAAGAAAGUGAACAAUGGCCUAGGAAAUCCUCUCCGGAUGGAGUUGUACCCUCUGAGCUCACUCAAGGAAGGCAUACCUGCAUAUUUGGAAAACAGAGCAAUUGGGGAUGAACUGGACGAUUUGGAGAGCCAAUUUGACGAUUUGAGGGAAACAAGACGAUUAAUUGGAGUGUGGAACUCCGGAUUACCUCCUGUCGCACCUGAAGGUGUGGAGGAAAAGGUGAAGAAAUUUACAGACAAAGUGAACAACAUAUUCGGCAUCUAUUUGAAAACAAUUGGAGAGUUGGACGUAUCUAAAGGAGCAUCCACACAGCCAAUCAAAGACGCGUUCACGGCUUAUGAAGAUGGUGAUUACAUCAUGCCACAGAAAUUUGUCCGAAAAUUUACUGAACUUCAAAAAGAAAUUUAUGCAGAACAUCCAGGAAGGGCAAUAAGCUUCAGCCGAGAAUUGGAGGUGCCCAAUACAUCCGAUGGGGCCAAACUACUUGCCCCAACGCAGAAGCCGAGGCUACUGUGGUCGGGGUGA